UUACCCAUAAUAUUAAACCUCAUAGCCAAGUAGUGAACCCAAACUCCCUCUCCUCUCCUCAACAUGGGAACCUUAGCACCCCCGGCCGCCGCCGUCUUCGCCCCAGACGAAGACGAUGAGUCCCCCAUCGAAGAGGUCCGUCUCACCGUAACAAACACGGACGACCCGACCCUGCCCGUGUGGACGUUCCGGAUGUGGUUCCUCGGGCUGCUCUCCUGCGCCAUGCUCUCCUUCCUCAACCAGUUCUUCGCCUACCGCACCGAGCCCCUCAUCAUAACCCAGAUCACGGUCCAGGUCGCGUCCCUCCCCAUCGGCCACUUCAUGGCCGCGGUGCUGCCCGAAACCAGGUUCGGGCUGCCCGGGUUCGGGCCCAGGCGAUUCUCCCUCAACCCGGGCCCGUUCAACAUCAAGGAGCAUGUGCUCAUUUCGAUAUUCGCGAACGCCGGGAGCGCCUUCGGGUCCGGGUCGGCUUAUGGGGUGGGGAUUGUCACCAUUGUUAAGGCUUUUUAUGGGAGAGAGAUCUCUUUCUUGGCUGGUUGGCUUCUCAUUAUCACUACUCAGGUGCUGGGAUAUGGGUGGGCCGGGCUUUUGAGGAAGUACGUGAUCGAGCCGGCCCACAUGUGGUGGCCCGGAACUCUAGUCCAAGUCUCCCUCUUCCGGGCUUUACAUGAAAAAGAUGAGGCGCGCAUGUCAAGGGCAAAGUUUUUCCUGAUUGUGCUAAUAUGCAGCUUCUCAUGGUACCUAUUUCCCGGGUACCUGUUUCCAACUCUCACAAGCAUUUCAUGGAUGUGCUGGGCAUUUUCCAAGUCAGUCACAGCACAGCAGAUUGGAUCAGGCAUGAGAGGCCUUGGCCUCGGAGCCGUGACAUUAGAUUGGACAGCCGUAGCAUCCUUCUUGGGCAGCCCACUAGUAACUCCCUUCUUUGCCAUAAUGAAUGUCUUUGCGGGUUAUGUGCUCAUAAUCUACUUAGUGCUUCCUACAGCCUACUGGGGAUUUGACUUGUAUGGUGCUAGGAAGUUUCCAAUUUUCUCCUCGCACCUGUUCACAUCUCAAGGUCAGAAGUAUAACAUAUCUGCAAUUGUAAACGACAAGUUUGAGUUGGAUAUUCAAAAGUACGAACAACAGGGCAGAAUACAUCUCAGCAUGUUCUUUUCCCUGACAUAUGGGUUUGGCUUUGCAACUAUUGCAUCUACCCUAACACAUGUGGCCUUCUUCUACGGAAGGGAAAUAAUCGAAAGAUUCCGUGCUUCAUAUAACGAAAAAGAGGAUGUUCAUACAAAGCUUAUGCGCAAAUAUGCAGACAUACCUUCCUGGUGGUUCUAUGCAUUACUAGCAGUGACCUUUACUGCUUCUCUGAUGCUCACCAUAUUCUUGAAUGACCAAGUUCAGAUGCCAUGGUGGGCACUGAUCUUCGCCUGUAUCAUUGCCUUUGUUUUCACACUUCCAAUCAGCAUCAUCACAGCCACAACCAACCAGACUCCUGGAUUGAAUAUAAUCACAGAGUAUGUUAUGGGUCUCGUAUACCCAGGAAGACCAAUUGCAAAUGUCUGCUUUAAAGUCUAUGGAUAUAUGAGCAUGGCACAGGCUGUCUCUUUCCUAAGUGAUUUCAAGCUAGGCCACUACAUGAAGAUCCCUCCCAGAUCAAUGUUUAUAGUUCAGUCCGUGGGAACAGUUAUAGCUGGAACAAUCAACAUUUCUGUGGCGUGGUGGCUGCUUACAUCUAUCAAAAACAUAUGCCACGACGACCUCCUUCCACCAGACAGUCCGUGGACAUGCCCCGGAGACAGAGUCUUCUUCGAUGCAUCAGUCAUUUGGGGUUUAGUGGGGCCCAAAAGAAUAUUCGGAAGUCUCGGAAACUAUAGUUCAAUGAACUGGUUUUUCCUUGGAGGUGCAAUAGGUCCUGUCAUUGUCUGGCUCUUCCACAAGGCAUUUCCAAACCAAUCUUGGAUUCCUCUAAUCAACCUGCCUGUCCUUCUAGGGGCAACGGGUAUGAUGCCACCUGCAACACCAUUAAAUUACAAUGCCUGGGUCAUCAUUGGGACGAUCUUCAACUACUUCCUCUUCCGUUACCGGAAAAACUGGUGGCAGAGGUAUAACUACAUUGUUUCAGCGGCUCUAGAUGCCGGAGUAGCUUUCAUGGCAGUGGCACUCUAUUUUACAUUCGGCAUAGAGGAUAAAGAAAUAGAUUGGUGGGGCACGAGCGGUGAACACUGCAUCUUGGCUACUUGUCCUACCGCUAAAGGCAUACAAGUUGCUAAUUGUCCAGUUUACUAAAUGUUUUCCACUAAUAGGUAUCAAGGAUAUUUUUGCUGCCUUUAUUUCUGUGAGUAUUCUGCAAUUUUAAGAUGUUAAAUCAAAGGUAGAAACAUGAAAUAUAUGUAUAUUCAUCUACUGAUCAAAGUACUUGUAUAUACACAAUAGUCCUA